CCGCCGGCGCUGAGCGGCAGCCGGAGCAGCGCGCGGAGCCUCCUGCCGAGGGCGGGACGCGGCCGAGGGUGCACGGAGCAUGGGGCGCGCCUGGCUCGCCUUCGCCGCCGCCGCCGGCCUGAUGGCGCUGGCGGGCCUCCUCGCGGCCUCUGAGCAACCUGCAAGAUCCCCCAACGCCACUGACAUCCGAGGAGCCCCCUGGCAGAGCAGGCCGGCCGCUGUGAGCAGAGCGCCGCCUCCGAGGAAGGAGAAUCCCUCGCCACCGAGACCCAGCGCCUGGCGAGGAGCGAACGCCUCUACCGCCAAAGCCUCGCAGGCAGCGGGAGCGAAGGAAUCUCAGCUCAAGCCACCUGCCGUUCUCCCAGGCGGCAAUGGAGGAGAUGCCGUCGCUUCUGACAUCCCAGCUGCUGGCAGCCCCCCAGGGGCAAGCGUCACGGUGAGGUACUUUUCUGGAGAGAUGGAGGAGAAAAACGUGUCGGGCCUCUGUCUGGGCUGCCCCGGGGGGACUCUCAGCGAGCCCUUUUUGGGGGGACGCGACGGCAAGGGCCCCCUCGAAGCAUUGUCGGGCGGAACCGGAUUUGCCCAGCCAGCGCAAGGGCAGGAGGGGGCCUGGAAGUUACUUGACGGGAAGGACGGGGCAGCGGGGAGCCCCCGCGCCACCCCAGAAAGCCAAGAGGAAGCCGGUAGCGGGGACCAGCCCGCCAAGGCCUCCCCGGAUCAAGGGGAGUUGGCGGAACGGACCACGACCCCCAGGUUUGCCCCAGAGGCCAGCUCUUCCGCAGGCCUGGGCCACAGUUCGGCCGAGACGGACCUCCUCCUCAACACGUUUGGGGUGGCAGUGCUGGCGUCUCCCACGAGGGCUGACGUCCCGGCCCCCGAGGAGGGCGGGGCGGUCCCAGAGCAAGACUCCGCCCAGAAGGAGGAGCCUCUGGAGCUGUGGGUGGAGUCUUCCAGCAGCUCGCCGGCCGAGGGCGCGCAAGGCCGCACCGACCGGAGCUGGCCGGGCGCCGAGACCCCGCGGACGGCCGUCACGCCUCCGAUCAAGGCCUCCCCGAAGCCGUCGCAGGACCCUUUGGCCUCCGAGAUCAUCGACAUCGAUUACUAUGACCUGUUUGACGGGGAGAGGCUAGGCGGGGCCGGCCUGGACUCCACCAAGCGGAAACCGGUGGACGACAAAGGGAUGUCGUGGUCCCUGCACGACCUCUACGAUGACUUCACGCCCUUCGACGAGUCCGAUUUCUACCCCACGACUUCCUUCUACACCGACGGGGACGAGGAAGACCUGGACGAGCCGGAGGAAGAGGAGGAGGAGGAAGAUGGCGGAGGAGGGCUGGCCAGGGAUCUGGAGGACGAGAACGGCUUUCGGAUCCCCACGCAGGCUACGCCCAAGAUCCACACCGCCGUCCAGGAAGCGGAGCCCACCAGCCGCCGCUACGUCGUCCCACCUCUGCAGACUUUUGUCAUUACGGGGGGCGGCGGCAGGGCCACCCCAAGACCCCGUCCGGCGGAAGUUGGCCGGGACCUCAGCCUGUUGGGCGUCGUGGAGAACGGCACCGAAUGCCGUAGUGGUUUUGUCCGGCACAACAACUCCUGCAAAUCCAUGUGCGACACGUUCCCCAGUUACUGCCACAACGGGGGCCAGUGCUACCUGGUGGAGAACCUGGGGGCCUUCUGCAGGUGCAACACCCAAGACUACAUCUGGCACAAAGGCAUCCGCUGCGAGUCCAUCAUCACUGACUUCCAGGUGAUGUGCAUCGCCGUGGGCUCGGCCGCCCUAGUGGUCCUCCUCCUCUUCAUGAUGACCGUCUUCUUCGCCAAGAAACUCUACCUGCUCAAAACCGAAAACAGCAAAUUGCGCAAGACCAAAUACCGAACCCCCUCUGAGCUCCACAACGACAACUUCUCGCUGUCCACAAUUGCGGAGGGCUCGCACCCAAAUGUAAGGAAAUUUUGUGACACCCCCUCCAACCUCUCCCCUCAUGCUCGUGCAUUGGCUUACUAUGAUAACAUUAUCUGUCAGGACGACCCCCAUGCCCCCCACAAGCUUCAAGACCCCUUGAAGUCGUGCCUGAAAGACGAGGAGUCCUUCAACAUCCAGAACUCCAUGUCGCCCAAACUGGACAACGGCAAAGGGGAAACGGACGACUCGGAAGUGAAUUGCUUGCAGAACAACCUGACAUGAGAGCCCAGAAGGAGAGAAAGAAAGGAGAGAAAGAGAGAGAAAGAACGAAAGAAAAGAAAAGAAAGAAAGAAAGAGAGAAAGAGAGAGGAGAUGAGGAGGGAGGGAGGAAACGGGAAUAAGGCGGAAUAAAACAUUUAAGAGCACGAGGGUCGCCCCCUCUUUGUACAAAGCUCAUUUCUCGUAAUCGUUCAUUCUCUUUGCUUUCCCCUUCCCCGACGACUUCAUAGCAUGCUUUGAUGUGUUUUUGUACAGCGGGAAAAACAAGGGUAAUAAUAAAGAAGACACAAGAAGACGAAACUCUUCCUCUAUCAAGUGUGUGCCCCCCCCCAAUGAAUUGUGUGUGUUGGGUUGUGUGUUCCGUUGCCGUCUGUAUAAUGCCUGGGUUAGCCUCACUCCUGACUCUUCCCUCCCUCCUGUCCGUCCCUCCCAUAUCCCCCCCCUCACUGCUGUGAUUUCUAAACCUUUGCUGUGACUCGACUGACUUUUUUUUGUAUUUUACCCAGCCUUUUUUGGAGAAACGAGUUUGAAAAUGUGAAAAAAAUUAAAAGACCUUGAAAUAAUAAUAAUAAUUAAAAAAUACAAAACAUUUUUUUAAAGUUAA